GUAUUGGAUCAGCAUCCGCGCACGAACCAUCGCCAGCUCCGUCGACCGACUAUCAUAAUAAUAUACUAUAACUGUUUCUACUAUUAUUAUUAUUAUUAUUAUUAUUCCGUAUUUACCGCUUCGCCGGGGAUUAUUUUACAUACUAAUCUAAUAUCGUAUCAAUAAAAUAUAAUAUUAAAACAAAUCCGUUAGAAAUGAUGACCACUCCACGACUUUCGUUCAGCGUGCUGACGAUGUUGUUACUACUGGUCGUCGGUUGCCUUUGCAGACCACAGGACGCCGGAAAUGGCAAACCGGCAAGAGACGGAGGAGUCAAUCCACUUGAGAGCGCGACUAGGCCGACGACUCCCUUCAACAGCCGGAAUAGCAGACUUCAGAAGCCCACACAAGUGUUGAACACGGGCUUCGACGAGAUUGUCGUCGAGUCCAAUUUGCAAGUGCACAACCGAGUCGGAUCCAAAAACAAGUCAAAGAUCAUGUUGCCUUCCAACUCGACGACCGCGGCUUCAUCGAUGCAGACCAACAAAUCGGCCAGAUCGUUGGUGGUCUGACGCGUGUGACGGCACACUUAGCACUGAAAUGAUGAGAUGUAUAAUAUUAUAAUAUACCUUUACCUGUCUUACUAUAAUUUACCAUAAACCACACACAAUGUUUUAAUCCGGACAAUAUCAUCAUUGUUUUUAUUCAAACCACAUCGCGCUCCGAUCUGCGUUACGUUCGACAAUUAAUGCAGCGAACAUGUUUGUAAUAUGAAAAAAAAUUGAAUAUCAUUUAUAUUUAUUUAUGAAUUUAAUAUAUUAUACUUAAUAUACGAACAAGAGUCACAUAAUAUAGAGUUUUAAUUAUGCGUAUACCAGCAGUUAUUGACUUGUAUGAUUGCUUAUCCAAAUAGAUACUCUGACCAUAAGAUUUCUUGUUGCGUAGGUAUAGGUUCCUGUACAGAUCCAUACUGAUUACUAAUAUUUUCUUUCUUGCAUUUAUAUAAUUAUAAUACUAUAAAGGUAAAAGUUACAAUAAGAUUUACGAGAUUAAUAAAGUUUUAAAUUUGUAUUUGCACAAUAUCAUUAAAAAAAUAUUACAAUAUUUA